CGCCAAUGAAGUCCACGAUACUUCUCUAGAAGUUAACUACUACCAAAGGCAGCUAAGAAGAUAUUCAGAAGAAAGAUUCAUUAGCAACUUUAACUUCUCGGACAAUAAUCAACACUACACCAUUGACGAAUCCGAAGAGUAUCUAAACACAGAAAAUAAUAACACCGACUCGGACAACGCCCAUUACUCGCCAGUAUAUGGCACGAAUGAGCUAAGAAACAGGGGACCUUAUUACCAAACGAACAGAGUGCAAUUUGUAAUGCCCUUCUGCAAGGAAGACCAUAUUUUAAAGAGUGAUAAUUUCGAAAUAUACGACACAGAUGAAGUAGACUUUCCAAUAGAAGUAAGCCGAGAAGAGGUGGACCCUGAACGAUAUGACAGGGGUAAAAUGAAUCUCGAUAUACAGAAUAAUCUGAACAGUGUGAUUUCUACUGAGACUGAUGUACCCAAGGAGGUUGAGAACAGAGUUCUCUUUACUUGCCUAUGCCUUGGCACUUUCUUCGUGUCUACAAUUUUGCUAAUUAUGUACCCUUUGUAAUCAUAAUGACCUUUUAUAAAACCUUUUUUGUUGACCUUAGUAAGUUUAUUCAAUAUUAUAACAUUUAGGUUUGUCGACAACGGUCAAGUGAACACAUUGCCUUAACACAGUGUAACUGUGUCUGUCUAAACGAAUUUUGAGGCUAGUUUUUUAGAUUGAUCUUUAAACUUAAAUUCUUAUAGGAAUUGGUAUUUGGACGGAUUUACAAUAUGUAAGAAUGUUUACGUGUUAAAAGACAUCGCGAUUGCAGUGAUUUUGUUUGUUUGUAUUGAUUCGUAUAGUUUUGUAAUUAUUAAUUGGUAUAUUCCACUUGUUAUAAUUUCAUUCCCAUUGGAGGCAUUUAAAUUUUAAUUAGUUUUUUUUUUUUAUACUUUAUACAUUUUGCCAAUUGGUUUUGUUUUUUUGUGGUUGCUAUUGUCGACGGUUUUGCGUGUUUGAUUGAUUUUAUUUUUAGAUUAUGUUUUGCAGACUGUAAUAUAUAAUAAAUUCCAAGGUAAUGGAAAUUGAAUCUACGAGGCAUUUUUCAGUAGAUUUUAACUAUAAAUAAAAAUCUCUGGGUUUUUCUGAAUAAGCACAAAAUUUGAGAGGUUUUUAAUAAGACCGCUGGGUGAAUUGUGCAUUUAAAAACAAACUGCAGCACAUAAUACUCCCAAUAAAUUUACAACUAUUCCACUGCUAACAAAACCUCUUUCCACAUUAAAAAGAUUUACAGUCUGCAACAAUAUAAUUUCUGAGAUCUCAUCGUUUGUUGUGUUGAAGAGUGAUUUGUUAUUAAGUAGUUUAAGACAUUUUUUUUACGAUUCAAAAUAACCUGCAAUGCAAAUUAUAAUGCAAUUCUAAAUCGUAGCAGCCGCAGGGUUGAGUAGUCUAUUUGCACCAAAAUACAAUUAUACACAUUUAGAUAGCACUCUUUACUUAUAAACGUGUUAGAAAUAAAGAUACGAAAAGUUAUAAAAUACAGUUUAUAAGUAAAGAUAAAAAGUUAAUAAACUAAUAAUGGAAUUUCUCAUAUUUAUAAUAGGAUGUUCUGUUAUGUGAUUCAGAUAGAAUAAGUAUUACUUUUUAAAUUUUAUAACAAGUUUUGUGUUUGUCAUUUUAUAAAAUAAUAUUAAAAAUAAUAAUUCUGUUGUUCUCUCUAUUUCCAAUAAUAUGAUCUUCGCAAUGUAUAAUAAUUAACUGAAUCACAUAACAUGACAAAGAAAAUAUUUCAAAAUUAAACUACAAUAAAGAACUCUAAAAAUAUUGGUGCAUGAAGUAUUAUGAAAAUAAAAAGGAAAUGUAUUAACUAAUAUAUUAAACGGUAAGAUACUAUGUAGCUUAGCGGUUUACUCGAAACUUCUUAUCAAAUAAGAAUUAUAUGCCUUAAUCGAAACAUCAUAUCGUUAUUGUAUUUAUAAUGCAAAAGCUAAGUUGGUUUUUAGGAGCUUUGGAACCUUGUGUAUUUGCAUAUGGAUGUUGAAAAGACAAAUUAUAGUGUAGAAAGAAUUAUGUAGUAACUAAUACGCAAAGAAAGUCAUUUGAAUGGUAUAAUGUAAAUACAUUCGACAUACAUCUAACCCGUUCCCUAACUUUCACUAAAUUGUUUGUCUCCGAUGACUGUAACAUAAAAAUAACUUAUUAGGCAUAAAAAUAAUUAAUUCCGGCGAGGCGCGUGCAAUGCAAAUAAUUAAACUCCAUAACUAAAUUGAAAAUGUAUUUGUAAAGAUAAAACGAAGAUAAAUAAUUGCUUUUGAGAUAGCAUUAUGAGGCAAAAUUUUAAUUAAAAAAGAGGCUUUUGACAUUACUGUAAGAGUGAAUUAAACGUAUGUAUUUGAAAAGACUUAGUUCAUAUACAAGAUUGAGUGAGAAAAUAUGCAAUACACAAGGCAUCGUACGUAGGCAACUUUUACAUCGGUAGCGAGUAGUAAUUUAGUAUUUCGAGGCUUUUUGCGUAACGUUUUUAUGAUAGAUAUUGAACAGACAAGUUUUAAAAGAAAUCUUAUAACAAAAGAUAUUCCUUAACGACACCAACCAACUAAAUUGAUGCCAAUAAUAUCAGUAUAAAUGUUAUUUACACACGAAUGUACCUAAACGAUGUUUUAAAGCAUUUAUGAAGUAAGAAUGACAAGUUUGAAGUAUAUUUUAAAAAGUAUAUAUUAUAUUGUAACCAUUCCAAAGAUGUGCUGAUAAAGACUGUAGCUUCUGUAACUCGUUUACAUUUUAACGUCUCGCUGUUUACAUUUUGUAUUAUACUAAUACUGAUAUUUUAAAUAUAUUAUACUGUUAUUCUUUUCUUAUACCGUCUCGCUAAUUGGCAUAUUUAAGAUUUAACCUAUAGCUAAUAUAAUUUGUCAAAAUUACUUUAUUUGAAUCGUUGAAUGUAACUUCGUGUAUAUUUCUUAGAAUAAGUUCCCUGUCAUACACGUGCAAGAUAAUUAUAUAUUUUUAAUUAGUAAAAAUACUGAAUAUUGUCUUCCAAUGAAUAAGAUCUAAAUAUGCCAAAUAGCUUCUUAAUAUCUAUUGUUUUUACUUACCUUCGGUUUAUUAUGAUUACUGGAUGUGAAAAUCAAUACAUUGUGACGUCACAGGUCACGUUGUCAGCUUACUAUAUGACGCGGCGGGUAUGAAAGAUUGUCGUUAACAUAUUAAGCAACUCAAAUAAAACCGAGGGUUAUUCUGGUCAUUAAUUAUUUGUAUAUGUGUGUGUUUUCUUUCUACGCUUCUUAAUAUAAAUCUUAUUUUUGAGCUUUAAAGUUGCAAGUACAAUGCUAAUAUUGUUAAGAGAUAUAGAUAUUUAAUAUAUAAUUUAAAGCUUAUAGCGUACAUAUAUUUAUUGGCUUGUGGUGCUUGGGUACUUAUUUAUAUAGACCAUAGAGACUGGUUUUAUAUAAUGUUUACUAUUUCGUUCGUAUUGUGAGUGUAUCUUAUAUCCAAAUUGAUUUUGGUAUCCAAUAUAAGUCGAGACAGAUAUGUACCAAUAUAUGAUAACAGACAUUUACACAUAAGUAAGCACAAGACAAAUAAAAUAUACAACAUGCUUAACGAUUCAACAGCGGUAGAUCCGUUGCUGUAGGUUUUAAACCUUAAAAAAAAAUCAAAAUCUAUAUUGACCAACCUUUAGUAACGUUCGCGCGUUCUUUUCUCAAGAACGAUCUGUCUUUUUAUGUUAAUUCUUCCAAACUACAAUGGUGGAUACGCCAACGCAAAA